AUGGUCGCCCGCUUCGGACUGCGCUUUGCGCAGCAAACCGCCAGACAAUCCACGACUUCCUUCACUUCCCGUGCACCUUUCCAGCUGAGAAACCCCGUAUUUCGACGAUGGCAGGGCACUGCGGCGAACCCGGCCGUUGAGGGUGCGCCGCAGCAAUCUCUGUUUCAGAGACUUUGGACCAGUGAGGUCGGCAUAAAAACAGUGCAUUUCUGGUAUGACUCCAGCGCUUUCUUUGGCUGGACAACGAAAUACACGGAUGCUAACGCGGGUCGCUGUUCCAGGGCUCCUAUCAUGAAAUGGGGUGUCGUCCUUGCAGGCGCAUCAGACUUCCUCCGCCCAGCCGAGAAACUGUCAUUGACACAAAACUUGGCUCUCAUGGCCACAGGCUCCAUCUGGACGAGAUGGUGCUUUAUCAUUCGACCGAAGAACUUGCUACUUGCUGCUGUCAACUUCUGUCUCUUCCUUGUUGGUACCGUCCAGGUCAGCCGUAUCUUGAUGUAUCAGGCUUCGCAAAAGGGCAGCACCACCGAAGCCUUGAAGGAAAUGGAGAAGGAGGUUGAGGGCUCGGUAAAGAGUGUGGAGAAGAGUGUGGAAGCAAAGUUGUAA